AUGUCGUUUCAAAAGCGAAAGCGAUCAGAUUUCGCGGACGGCGUGUCGACGUCGGCCUCGUCGGGCUACAAGUACGACGUGUUCUUGAGCUUCCGAGGUCCCGACACUCGCCGCACGUUCGCGGAUUACCUCUACGAAAGCUUAGUCAGGGACGGGUUUACAGUCUUCAGAGACGAAGAAGAGCUUCCCGUAGGCACGAAUAUUGGACCCGAGAUCGAGCGUGCGAUCGAUGGCUCGAGGAUCCACUUGCCGAUCUUCUCGGAAGGCUACGCGUCCAGCGCGUGGUGCCUCCAGGAGCUCGCGCGCAUGGCGAAGUGCCGGAGAGAAUCCGCGGGACGAGAAAUCGUGCCCGUCUUCUACGGCGUGAGUCCUUCAGACGUCAGGCUGAGGACGGGGUCGUACGGCCAGGCCCUGCUCAAGCACGAGGGGCGCUACGACGAGGGGACGGUGCGAGAGUGGAGAGAGGCUCUAAUGGAGGUCGCUGAUCUCAAAGGAUGGGACGCACGAGAGGCACGAAGUGUCUAUCGUGCCAACACGUUCCGCUUUGCUAAUUAUCAACCGGAGAAAUUCCCUGGGAAGAUGGCUAAUUGCAACAUCUUCAGUUGA